AUGGGAACACUGUAUGGCAUUAUAAUACAAUAAAGUGUUUACAGUUCCACACAUCCACCAUAAAAGCACCAUCCCCUUCAAAGCUACCCUCUAUCAGUUCACAGAUGAGUAAAGGACCUGCAGCAACAGUUAAAAAAGUGUACGGCCUUUCCUUCAAUAAAUGUACUGAUCCAUAACACGUGUCUAGUAUUUUUUUUCUAACCUUGAAUUCAUUUGAUUAUUUGACCCCACUUUCAAAUCCUCAUUUGAUUAUAUAUUUGUCCCUAUUGGUAGCCUCUAGCUCCUAGCUCAAACCUCUCAAAACAUAGCAAACCCUAUAGCUCACACACUCCAAUUUCCAGUGCCACUGCCAUUAGCCAAAGGAGGAAAGAACCCAAAGCAAGGCGAAACAAUGAAUGGGUAUUCUUAUUCCAGGAUCAAAGUUGUUGGCAAUGGAAAUUCAAGAUCCAUGGACUCUUCAGAUCUCAAGCCACUCCCUGAAACGUCAAAACCCACUGCUUAUCCUAUCCCAAACCCCAAAGAAAAGAACCCAGAAAUCGACCACAUCAUCAAGAACUCAAACCCCACCAACACCCAUGAUUCAUCAGAGCAAGAAUUAGAUGACCAAGAAGGCACUGAUGGGGUGAUAUGUGGUCCAAAACUGAGAAGAAACAGCUCAGUUUCUUCAGCGUAUGCACUCCAGGCUGCUGUGAAGAGAGCAUUCUCAAUGAGGAGAUCUUCCUCUGUCUCUGAAAGGUACUGUAGGAUCCAUGACCAGUCUGUGACUUUAGCAUCACCCUUUGAUGAUGAAGAAUUGGACAUAACUGGGAGAAGAAGAUCUGUGAAGAAGAAGAAGAACAGAGGCAAGAUCCUUAAAGCAUGGAAGAAACUUUUUGGACUGUAGUGCCUUUGAAUCUGCCUUGCUCUUUAUUGCAGAGAAUCAGCCACUAGAAGCUAUGCUGUUUUCAUUUAAAAAAAAAAAAAAAACUGCUUUAACUAUUGCAUGUUUUAUCUUUUCUUCAGAAAAAAACUUAGUAAUGGUCUUUCAAGAAAAAUAUAGAUAAAUAAAUCGAUUCAAGGAUUUUUUGAAUAGUUCUUACUAGAUUUAACUCAAAUUUGUUUAG